AGUCAUUCAGUGCAGUGAGAGAUGCAUUCAGUGAGGCUCACUCAUAGAGGGAUUUACUGAAAACUCAUACCGUCAAGAUGCUCUCUAGAAAGACUGUCAAACUCAUCCUUUAUGAGCUUCUGCAGUUCGCAUGUCUCUGUAUUCCUGUGUUUGUAGUAAUGGAGCGCUUUGCUUCUGUCAUUCAUAAUGUGAAGUCUAGUGUCACUGCCUACUGGCUGGUGGUGGCGGCCUCGGUGGCCUAUGUGGCGUCCGUAACCCUGUUUGUGUGGGUUCCUUUGAAGUACUUCAUCCUCAAGAAACAGCGCUUCUCAGAAGUAACCAACUGGAGACCUGUUACACUUGCAUACGUGAUCCUCAGCACUUUACCAUGCUUUGCUAUAAUCAUAGCCAGCUCAAAGGUUCAAGUUGAUGCUGGCGUUAAGUGUGACCACUUCACUGAGCUCCCCGUCUCUCUGGUCUUGUUCUCCCUCAUUUGUGUGGACAUCGUGGAGAAAAUUCGCCCUCUUCGCCUGACGGGACAGGCAAGCGGAUUUGAUUUAGAUUUUGAGAUGCCAGGCCCGGUGUUGACUCACUUGGAGCAGGUGACAUCCGUAUCCGGACAGCUGCCUAAUGGACGGGACGUCGACGCGUCUCCAAGGUCGCCGGUCAGCAAUGGGACACUUUCGGGACGUUGGAGGGAUGCAGAUGAACGCGGCACCUCUCGCACCAGCAGCACGGCAUAUCUCUACUCCUCUCAUUCUUACUCGGGUCCGUUUCACUUUGUCUGGAUUCGAGACCCUCGGCAUGACCUCUUUGUGGCCACCUUCAUGUUUUGGUUUGACACCGUGGAAAUGGUGAGGGUGGCCGGGAUUGAUUCGGUGUAUUGCUCAGCAUGGGUGUUUCCCAUAUACAUACUUGCUUAUCUGUCCAUCCUGCGUGUUGUUAUAACUCCAGACAGUCCUUUGCUGGCUUCAUCAAGUGUUCUCUCCCAAGAUUUGCCCUUCCUGGCGGUGCGUAUAUGCCUGGUGGCUGUUUUCGGUUACAUUACCCCUGUGCUGUACAUACUAAAGAACAUGUUCACUGUGGUAUCUUUUGUCUACUUUGUCUUCAUGACUAAACUAAAACUGCUGAACAGAGGAAGCAUGUUCUGAGGGCAUUAGGAAAUCCAUACAGAUUUACAGCUCAUGUAUUGUACAUUGUAAAUACGUUUUAGGGUUCAGAAUAAAUGUGUAUAUUUCUUGAUUUUUAUUUUACAGGUGGCCAAAACGAUACACAGACAUCUAAAUGCUUAGUCAUUCUAUUAAUAUUUAUUGUAGAAUAUAUUGGUAUAAUACCAGGGAAAGUUUGAAAUAAUUAAAAAUAAUGUUUUUGAAAAAAGGUUUAUUAUGCUCACUAAGGCUGCAUUUAUUUCAGCAGAAAUACAGUAAUAUUGUGACAUUAUUACAUUUAAAGUAACUGAUUUUCUAUUUUAAUAUAUUUUGAAAUUUAACUUAUUAAUAUGAUAGUAAUGCUGAAUAUUCAGCAGCCAUUACUCUAGUCUUCAGUGUCACAUGAUUCUGAGAAAUCAUUCUAAUAUGAUAGUUUUAUGGUAUUUUGAUCAAAUAAAUGCAGCCUUGUUGAGAAUAAGAGACUUUCUUCAUAAACAUUAAAAAAUCUUAAUUAUUCCAAACUUUUGUAGUGUAAAUGCUGUUUGUGUUAAUAUUUUUAGUAUAUUAUGUAUUAAGGCUUUCUAUUUUGUUGUUUUUCUAUGCAUCACAGUUCAUGCAUUUUUCAAGUAUUGUGCAUUUUAAUUCAUUGUGCCAAAUGUCAUGUUUUCAAAUUUGUAAAAUAUAGCAAUUUAUUAAGAGCAUCUGAUGUUGCAUGCGUUUAUUGUUGGAUUUCAUUUCAGCAUGUGAGUGCAGCUACAGUUGAUACUGACUUAAGGUAAUGCAAGUUGAUCUUAUACCAGUACAUGUUCCCAUAAUGUAAAAACUGAUUGCUUUUCAUAAAAAGCCUGACCAGUAAUACUUUGAUUCAACUAUAAUGCACAUUAUAAGAUACAGCUUUUGAAUUUCCAUGAUGUUUAGAAAUCCCCUUCCAUUGCAUCUCAUAUACUGCUGCACGCUAUAAUUCCAUCUAUCAUUUUUUCAUUAUACAUGGUCACACUUGUUGU